AUGGCAGCGCCUUCUAGCAGCACAUGCGAGAACAUGGAGAGGUCAAUACUGGAGCGGGUGCCACCGCUGCUGACGGACCUCUACCAGUUCACCAUGGCUUAUGCAUAUUGGCGUGCCGGGCGGCACCAGGAGCAUUCCGUGUUCGAACUCUUUUUCAGGGAAAACCCAUUUUGUGGCUGCUUCACGCUGUUCGCCGGGCUGAACGAUUGCCUCCUGUUUCUGCAAAGUUUUCGCUUCACAGACAAAGAUGUGGACUUUCUGCGCUCCGUUUUACCGGCUGCUACGGACCCUGCCUUUUUCCAAUUCCUGCGAAGUCUUGACUGUUCCGGUGUUACACUCCGUUCUGUCCCAGAAGGCACGGUGGUCUUUGCCCGGGAGCCUCUGAUGGAGGUUGCAGGCCCACUGGCUGUGGUUCAAUUGCUGGAGACCAGUUUACUUUGUCUUGUAAAUUAUGCAAGUCUAGUUUGCAGUAAUGCUGCCCGCUUCCGCCUGGCGUCUGGUCCCCGGAAGAAACUUCUGGAGAUGGGGCUCAGAAGGGCUCAGGGGCCAGAUGGAGGCCUCACUGCUUCCAGAUAUUCAUAUAUUGGAGGUUUCGAUCUCACCAGUAAUGUUCAGGCUGGGUUGCUGUUUGGGAUCCCUGUUGCAGGGACAAUGGCUCAUUCAUAUGUCACGUCCUUUACGUCUAUGGAGGAGGUUUGCCCACAAAUGCUCGUUGGAGUGAACAGCAACCCUGAGCCAGUGGACUUCAUUUCACUAACCAAGGGUUGGCUGGCUCGAGUGUGUGAGCUUUUGGGGGUGGAGCCUGGGAAGAUUCAUGAGGGAGAGUUGGCUGCCUUUCUGUCAUACGCUAUCGCCUACCCCCAGAACUUCCUCCCUGUAAUUGACAGUUAUAGUGUUACCUGCAGUGGCCUGUUGAACUUCUGUGCUGUGGCCUUGGCAUUGUGUGAAUUGGGCUAUAGGCCGGUGGGGGUUCGAUUGGACAGUGGAGACCUCUGCAAGCAAUCAGUGGAUGUGCGCCGUGUCCUAAGACUCUGUAGCAAGCAUUUCUCUACCUCUGCCUUUGAUUCAUUUAUUAUUGUUGGGACAAAUAACAUCUCAGAGCAAACCAUGGUGGAAUUCAACAGGAAGGAGAAUGAGAUUGACGUGAUUGGGGUUGGGACACAUCUUGUCACUUGCACUAAACAACCAUCACUGGGUUGUGUGUAUAAGCUUGUGGAGGUAAGGGGCAGGCCUACAAUGAAGAUAAGCGAGGAUCCAGAGAAGAGCACGGUCCCAGGAAGGAAAUCUGUCUACAGGUUACUAGAUGCUGAGGGACAUCCCUUUCUGGACCUGGUUUGUUUGGCACAGGAGUCACCACCAGAGGCAGGAAUCCAUAUUAGGUGCCAUCCUUUGGCUAAUGAUGGUACUCCACUCUCUGUAACGCCAGUUCAGGUCAUUUGUCUGCGCAAAGAAGUGUUUACCAAAGGACAAGUCACACACCCUUUGAGCUGUGCUUCAGAAACUAAAGCUAACGUCAAUGACUCCCUUCAGAGCCUUCACCCUCGACAUAAGCAACUGGAACAGCCUGAGUCAUACACAGUGGCAUUGUCAGAGAAACUAUACAACUUGGUCACAGAUCUAACAAGAGGAAGUGCAAAGAACAAGAACUCAAUCUUAUUCAAUUAA